UGCAUUUGCUCCAUGCCGCUCUGGGAGCAGAAAUGGGGCUGCCCGCUAAUCAAUAAUAUUUCCCGGUCCACAUCGCAAUGGCCUCCUUAGUGAGCAGAAGCCUGAUGCAGCAGCGCGCUGCUCGCAUCAACCAGCUCACGUACACUACCUGCCGUAGCUUCACCAGCAGCUCACCGUGGUCUGCAGGACACAACCGUUGGUCUAAAAUCAAGCACGAUAAGGCGAAGGAAGACAAAUUGAAAAGCAAGGAGCGUCAACUCAUGAACAAGGAAAUCAGCACGGCAAUCCAUUUGUGGGGACCCGAUCCGGAGUACAAUCCGCGCCUGACCCUUGCCCUCUCGAAUGCGAAGCGAGCCGGAAUUCCCAAGAAUGUUAUUGAAGCGGCUCUGGCGCGGGGAAAGGGCAUAAGUUUGACGGGCGAGGCGCUGGAACAAGUCACUGUUGAGGCUAUCCUGCCCCAUAACGUCGCGGUCGUGAUUGAAUGCCAGACCGACUCAAAAGCCCGUCUAUUGCAGGACGUUAGACAUACUAUCAAGAACGCUGGAGGGGCUGCUACCCCAACCAUUUAUCUGUUCGAGAAGAAAGGUAGAAUUGUUUUCGAGAAAAAGGAUGGCGUGGACCCAGAUGAUUAUUUAGAUCAGGCUAUUGAAGCAGGCGCAACCGAUAUCACAUCGGAUGAUGAAGGCCGCCUGAUUGUCUUCACAGACCCCACGGAAACAAAGAGUGUGGGAGAAUCGAUGUCAAAAGCCAUUGGACUUUCAGUCGAAGAACUAGAGAUAUUCUGGGACCCAAACAAGGACACUAUGGUGGAUAUCACAGACGAAGAGCACGUGAGACAGAUCGAGACUGUCAUGGGCAAGCUUCGAGAGGAGCCAUGCGUGAACGAUAUUUACAUGAACACGCGCCAGGCGUUCUGAUAGGUUGCGGGCCCUGGUUGAGGUGUCUACAGCCCCGGGCACUUAAAGAAUUGUAUAAUAGAAUUAGAAUACCAUACUAG